AUGGAGAAAAAGAAAAGGACUCACUGGACAACAAACUAUCUGAAAAGGAUAAAGUCAACCGAAGUCACCCUAAAAAGACGGCAAUCAAAAAGGUCAAAAACUCUUCCUAAUAUACAUAAAGAAAUAGAAAUUAUGCCAAUAUUUACAAAAGAAAAAGAAGAAAAAGUACUUCGCACGCCGGAUAGGGUGAUUCAUACUCCCAAAAGGAAUUUAGUGUAUAUUUCACCACAGCACAACAUCACCAUCCCUCCCACGCCGCACGGCGCCAGCGAAGAAUAUAUUUCCGAGACUCGGUCAAGAAAAAGACUAUUCACGUAA